AUGAUUAAAUUUACAGUAUUAUUAUUAUUUUUUUUCGUUCUUUUUAUUAAGAAAAAUGUGUGUUGGUCCGAUGAAGUACAUAUGAUAAUAACUGCAAUUGCACUUGAUGGUUUAACUGAUAAAGAAAGAAGAAUUCUCAAUAGGAUUCUAUUAAAUUAUAAAGAAGAUAAAGAUUUUAACGAUAAGAUAAGUGCUUCAAUAUGGGCUGAUCAUUUAAAACCAAAUGAGUUUAAUCCUUUCUAUCCUAAUGCUGUCAGAAGAGUUGAAAUAUUAGAUAUAUUUAGUGAUUGGCAUUAUGUAUCGACUGCAUAUAAUCCUACAAAAAUAAAUCUUCCUUCAUAUUAUUUAAAUGCACAGAAAGGAAAAUAUAAUGCUAUAGGAGUACUAAAACAUAUUUACAAAACAUUAGUGCAAGUACAGAAAAAGGCUAAAUAUGGUACUUUUUUUUCAUACAACUUUUAUCUAAGAUUUUUCAUUCAUAUAUUUGCUGACCUCCAUCAGCCAAUGCAUGCAAUAUUAUUUUUUAAUAAGAACUUUCCUCAUGGAGAUAAAGGAGGUUUAGAAAUUACUUUAUCUUACCAUAAUUACAUGGGAAACUUACAUCAUUUAUGUGAUAACAUUUUUAACUCAAGAAAAAAACGUUGGCCUCUUAUAAAUACUAACGAUGCUGAGAAAGAUGCUCAUUUAAUGAUGAGUUCUUAUCCUCCUAUAAGUUUCCAUGAUAGAAUAUUAAAUCCGUCUGAUAAAAUGAAUUUUAUAGAUAGCAUAGCAGGUGAAUCCCAUGAAUUAGCUGUUAAUCAUAUUUAUUCUCAUUUUCCUUUAUCCACAUUAAGUAAAGAUGUACCAAUUAAAGUUAAUCAGCAUUUUGUUCUUAAAUUAAAAGAAUUAUUAAACAAACAAAUGAUUAUAGCAGGAUAUAGAUUAUCAUAUUAUUUAAGAGAUAUGCUUUUAAAUGUUCCUGAUGAUCUUUGA